UCACGGUAAUCUUGACGAUUAGCUGAAACAACCAAUUAGAAUCGUUCGAACAACAUAUGGGCGGUACCGGAAUGUGCGUACACUGCGAAACGUUGACGGACACUCACUUGGACCAAUCAGAAUCUUCAUAACACCGAGCGGGCGUAACAAUAUGGACGCAGACGUGCGCGCUGCCCCUGAGAACAUGAGGACGGCAGGAAUGCAGAGUUAGGAUUAAAAAAGUAAGGAAGAAAAUCUGGUGAGAAGACUUCAUCAAACUAACUUUACACCUUAAACGAACGCAAACAUUGUCUGAAAAAAUAUAACGCGCUGUAGAUCUGGACGUUUCUUUGAAGCACUUCCUCUGGGCUUUUGCAGUGUUAGGAAGCUAGCUAGUUUGAUAAUGUCAAACUGUUCCACCUUCCAUGACGUGUUUAUUCUGGUUUCUGGAUUCAAUCUGGAUGAAUAAAGAAACCUGUGAAUAAUCUAACUGAUAUUUAGAAUUUAAUCUGCAAUCGAGUCCAGGUCACGGCAUUGAUAAAGUGCUAGCAAGUGGUGUAUAUAUAUACACAUGUGGAGUGCGUGACAUUGUGUGCUAGCUGUCCUAAUCCUGCAUGGGAACCUGUCCAACCUGGGGGGAAAUCUCCAAAGCUUUGUGAUCCCUGCUUCUCAUUACAAAAUACCUCUUAAGGUGCACUUAUACACACACACACGCGCACUUGCAGGAGACAUGUUUAAAUCCUUCCAGCGUGCUCCCAUGUGCAGCAUGAGCUCUCGUGCUGCACGUCUACAUUGCACGCCUGCUCUCAGACACUCCAGCAGUGGAGCAGGACCUGGCAGGUCUACAUGGUUCGAGUCUCUCUUCACGUGGCUCCAGAAAGCAGGAAGAGGCUAUGGUGAGACCAGUCCUGGAAAGAAGAAGCGAGAAGGUUUAUUGUCCAUCUUGGCUGACCACUGCAGCUUUGUGACCGGACAGAGACUGAGGCGAGCGUUGCAGAUCGCUGAGCUCUACUCGAACCUGUACUCAGAGAGGAGCAGGUGGACGCUGGUGGGCAGCAUUUGGCGGCGAUUGCAGAACAAGCAAGCCCCGACUGGCAAACUGCUGGCUGCCCUCGUUGGGGUUUUCAUGUGGGAGGACGAGAAGAUAAGAGAUGAUGAGAUAAGGAGGUGUGCAUGGGAGCUCCAGGCUCUGGAUGAUGUAAAGCAGCAGACCACCACGGGGAAGGCAAGCUUGCAGGCUGAGAGUGGCUGGGAAAUUGUGAUGGAGAAGAAGACCUUUAAAGUGUGGAGGAGACCGGUUGAAGGAAGCCAUCUGUUCGAGUAUAGAGUGUUCGGUUCCUACACCGAUGUUACUCCCAGACAGUUCUUCAACGUUCAGUUGGACACUGAAUACAGGAAGAAGUGGGAUGCACUGGUGAUCAAACUGGACGUGGUGGACCGGGACCAGACCACGGGGUCAGAGGUGGUCCACUGGGCAACACAUUUCCCUUAUCCGAUGUACUCGCGAGACUACGUGUAUGUGCGGCGCUACGAAGUGGACGUAAAGAACAACCUGAUGGUCCUGGUGUCCAGAGCUGUGAAACAUCCUGGAGUUCCUGAGACGCAAGACUUUGUCCGAGUUCACUCGUAUCGCUCCAGGAUGGUCAUCCGACCACACAAGUCCUUCGAUGAGAAUGGAUUCGACUAUCUGUUGACGUACAGCGAUGAUCCUCAGACGGUUUUCCCUCGAUACUGCGUGAGCUGGAUGGUGUCCAGCGGCAUGCCUGAUUUCCUGGAGAAGCUUCACACGGCUGCUCUCCGAGCAAAGAACCACGAGGUCGGCGUUCAUGACUACGUGGGCGUGAUGAAGCCAGUGCAGCAGGCCUCUCCGGAUCGGCUGGAGGAGGAAGCGCAUGUGGCGGGAUCCUCGCGUAUUUAUGCCUGAGAGAAAACAGCUGGCCUUACGUGUGAGUGAAGGGCAAUUAAUAAGACCUAAAAAACCUUGGGUUUGAUUCAGGACGAGGACGGGAGUGACGAGCGGCGAGACGGAGCCUGAGGAGAAUGAGAGAGAGAGCUUUGCCUCUUACUGUGAACCUGCAGACAGCGAGUGAGAUUCAGAGACAUGCUGCUGCUGCUGCUAUCGCUGCUGCCAAAAACACUGUUUCUUUCCUACACUCUGUGUGUGUGUGUGUGUGUGUGUGUGAAACCAGGUAAACAUGGAAUUUUUUUGAGAGCAUCAGAAUGGGAAAAAUUGGCAUGCACUCACUCAGCUGUCUGUUUAUUGCUUCUGGAAGAUUUACUUCCUCAAACUUCUUCUCAGUAAAGAAAGGAUAAAUAAGAAUUAAUAAAUAAACCAGAGAGGAGGUUAGAGAGCUAUCUGUCUCUCCCUCUCUCUCUGCUUAACAAUCUCACCAAGCUAUCAGCAGGUAUAAAAUCUUACCGUCCAAUCGUCCUAAUUCACAUUGUCGCCAUUUCACCGAUUUUCAUUUCGCAACACUUAACAUCUAUGUGCUUAAAAUAUCUCUGUUUCUUUUACACAAGCUGUAAUGCUGACCUUUCAGAGCCGGACGUUCUCUCUUUAAAGCAGAUAACGUGCGAUAAACAUCAGUCGAAACCGAACGUACAAUUAAGUGCAAAAGUUUGUACACCUGUCAGACAGUUUAUUUUAUUCUAGAGGUAUUCCUUUAGUAACAAAAAUGAUCAACCUGAGCAUUUCAGGAUGUGGAAAAGAAACAAUGUGCUCAAAAGUUUGUGCCCCCCCCCUUUCUAAUAUGUAUAUUUAUAUUCUCUGUUAAUUAUAUCUAAACUACAGGGUGGCCCAGAAGUCUUCAUACCUAGGGAAAAUAAACACUUUUUUAGCAGAAUGUCUUCCAUAGUUGCCUUUAUGCCUUUUAAUGCCUUUGACGAGAGAAGAACACGUGAUGUUUAUGGUGUAGCUGGAAGAUAAUUUAAAAAGAAUAACACCAAAUAACAUCAUGGAUCUGGAAGAGACGGCUCUGUGUUUACAAAGAAAUGGCAAUCUUGUAAAGGAUGUUUUUUUAAGCUAAAGUUUUGCUUAAAGGUGUUCUUUUCCCCCAAAGUAUGGUGACAUUUGGGACACCCUGUAGUUCUAACUGAACCAGAUAGCAGACGCUGCCUUCUGCAGAUCACAUCUUGAGACAUUUUAGCUUGACGUCUUUCAGGAUACACAAUUCUCUGAAUUGAAUACAUUUUCCUAUUUCUCCCAUAUGAGACGCAAACCUUUGCACAUCAUGUUCUACCUUCGUGUAACGGUGAGAUGUACAAACAUUUCAUCUAUGGAGAAAUGUUUUCAGCAAACUGCGAGACAGGUUGAAUGUAACUGAUCGACAUCCUUUCUGCCCGGAGAAGAGGUUUGGGGUCGGAAGAAAAAAGUCCAUGACUCUCGUGCUUUCACGUCAUCUCUCUCGCGUUCUGCUUCAUUCACUCACACGCAAUCUGACACUCUGGUCCUCGCAUUUCUCAAAUCAGCUACUCUUGAGGAAGUGGGGGACGUGUUCUAACGACUGCGGUGUCCUCACUUGCACGCCACACUUCCUCUUUCUCUGCUGCAUCAGAGCUGUGUUUUGUUUUACCGUUUUCUCCUGAACUGCCGUCACGCGGCGUCAUCAAUGCUGAGCUGAACACUGGGUGCUGUCUGGUGAUUGGCUAGGGGACGACGUGGCUUACUUCCAGGAGCGUUUACUUGCGGGAUGCUUAUAAGUAGUAUUCUGGCAGUGUCAAUGAUUUCCGAUAACAGUCAGUUGAGAUCGUUUUAAUCAAAAGAACAUUAAUAUACCAGUGGUUUAAGUUUUAAUGGGAUGGAGAGCCAUUUCUGAACUAAAUAAACAACAUACUUUUAUUUAUGUUCAUAAGCACAUAUAAUGAAGCAGUAACUAUACAGCCAUCCAUCCACCCUCUGUAGCACUUACCCUGUUAUUGCUAUCCAAGAUGGGGGAUGUCCUAGACAGGGUGCUAGUUCAUCGCAGGGCACAAUCACACACACACACACACACACACACACACAAUGGACAAGUUAGAGAUGCCCUUCAGCCUACAAAAGCAUGUCUUUGGACUGGGGGAGGAAACUGUAGUGCUAACCACUAAGCCACUGUGCCUCCUCUUAACAGUAACUAAAAUAAACUUAACGUUGAAACACAAAGGUGAAGUUUUGCUCAGGGUGAAGCGUCCUGAUUUCGAACCCUGUCGUGUCCAAGAGAGAAAUGAAAUGAAAAAUGCUCAUAAAUCAAAUUUUUCAGUGUUCCCAAACUUUUGAGCGGUAUUAAAUCCCACCUCCAAUUCUUUUCACAUAAUCAACUCUGAUACAUCAGACUCGAAUGCGUCGGUGAUUCUCUGAACAUUUCUUUGUAUUUUUUUAUUACAGCAUCAGUAUUUAAGCUGAGAGAGCAGAUUUUCUCCGUUUUAUUAGUCGGGGAAAGAUGUUUAAGUUUGUUGUGGCGAGGAUAUUCCUUCAAUUCAAUACAAGUUCCACAUCAGGGUAAAGAUACUACAGACUAUUAACAUGGGAUUGUGAAGACAUCCUUCGUAUCAGAUUCAAAUCUGUGUGAAUAAAUAUCUGUAAAUCAUCUUGCGCUAUUAAAGAAUUUGGAUAAAGAUUGAAUAGAAACACUUUUCCAGUCCUCAGGUUAUUUUGAUAUCCUGAGUGAACCUUUUCAUGACAGAUAUAAUGUUUUAAAUGGCAUAGAUGAAUCAUAUCUCUAUAUCUAUAUAUGUAUAAUAAUGUGUUAAUUUUUAAAUAUAUCCUUAGUGAAGAUGCCAUUAUGAGGCAGAUACAGUGUGAGGUCAAUGUAACGCAGGUCCUUGUGAAAGCUAAACGUUGAAGCUUUCCCAGUUUGGUGUUCAGUUGAAGGCUUUGAUGGUCAGUUUAUCACUUUUCCUUCACAGAUUUCUGUUUCUUUGUGAAUCCUGUUGAAUCAGUAGCAUUCCUAGUGCUCUACGAAGCAACAUGAAUGACCAUGAUCACUGAAUUUCUUGAGAAUAAUCGACAUUACUCUGUUUGUUUAGGAUGUAAAGGAAAUGAAUGUGAGGCCAGUCUUUUUUUUUUUGAUAAAAAUAUCUCUUUUUCUUACACUAGCAGAGACACCAUCGCUUAAACAUCGCUGUAAAAAUCACUGUUCAAUUGUCUUGCAUUCAGGCACCGUUUCCUAAAGAAAUACCUAAAAACAAAUGCUUCAUUGUCUCAUUUACCUGCCAAAAACAAACCAGGAACUCUGUGUGUUAUGUAGUAAGGCAAAGAACAGUGUGAUGGGAGGAUGAGAGUGAUGUGUAUUAAAUGUUGGUGAUUAAUGUGCAGAAAUGAUAAUGAUUUCUUUAAAAAUAAAUAAAUAAAUAAAACAAAUACUUUAACUGGAAAUAUUGGUUUGCCGGUCAUAGAGAAAAUUUUUUGCUUUUUUAUUUUUUAUUUUUCUCCUUUAUAGUCUUUUUUAUUUAUCAUGAAAGGAACGGUAUAUAAUACUAUAAUUUAAUAAAUUUGAGUUGUCUUUUUUUUUGUUAUAUUUUUUUGUUAUAAUUUGCACUCCUUUAACCCAGAUUGUCUGAAAUAAAUCGAGGCCAAAACCAAAAAAAUAAUAAUAAUAAUCUUUUUUUUUUUUUUUUAUCAGUUUUGACUUGUUUGUUUGUUUCUAAAAGUACUUAUGUUGUCUUUUCCCUAAAGUUCUGCUAGCAUAAAAUGAGCUCUUGUUUAAAGCAUGUGGUAAAUAUGGAUUUGCAUUUCAGGAAACUGUUGCUUCAUACUUCUUUCAGCAUGAAGUGUGUGUGUACAUUUCUUUGACUUUCUUUAACUGAGCUCUAUUCAGUUGAACAUGGGGGAGGAAAAAUAAUGCUCAGCUUAUGAAUGUAACAGGUUUUUCCAGACUGAAAUUGUGAGCGGUCGGUUUUCUGUUCAUUUUUUUCUGUGUGUGUGUGUGUGUGUGUGUGUGUAUGAUGGUAAAAUUUCUCCUUUCACAUGAAUGAGCAGGAAGUGGCACCUGUAUGCUGUUUUUUUUUUUUCUUUCUGUCAUGUUACACUUUACACUGGCGUUUAUUAACAAUACAACAAUUUCCGUUAUCA